AUGUCAGCUAAAGAACCGCCUGUAAGGCAAGAAGUUAUCUUUGAAUUAGAUUUCAUAAGUUCCCUCGGCAGGAAAAUAUGUCUAUAUCCAUUUAUUGGGAAGUCAAAACCCAUGAUCAUGGGAUACUUCGUUUUCUAUAUACUCGCAGCGACCACCGCGCUGCAACUUUUUCUUACACUUGUUUUAGCCAGCGCUUCUGAUCUGCUGGAAAUUAUUAAUAUAGCUCCCAAUUUAGGAGUGUGUAUCAUGACCGUUAUUAAAUAUACGAAAUUGGAAACACACAAAGACGUAUACAAUGAAAUUUUCUUUCAUUUUCGCGAUGGAAUGUGGGAUAUCGUAUCUCCCAAUUCCAAAAUUCAAAAAAGCAUUAUAACAAAAUAUAGAAAAAUAGCAAUGAUUAUAAAUCGAUUUCUUCUCUACUAUUCCAUUCCCUUAACUGUUGUAGUCGAUUCUUUCCCUUAUAUCUUCAUGAAAUACGAAGAAAAAUUUCAUGAUCUAAGAGAAUAUCUUUACCCUUUCGAAGGAUGGUAUCCUUUCAAUAAAAUCGAAUAUUAUGGUAUAGUUUACGUUUGGGAGAGUUGCAUGACAGCUGUAGUUGUGAUCGUUUAUUUAUUUGCAAACAUGAUACACGCAAGCUAUAUAGUAUUCACGUGUAUGGAGCUGCGCAUUCUUGGUUGUUGUCUUGAAGACUUGAUAAGUCCAAGCGACGUGGAAAAUAUCAAAAAAGGAUUUAAUGUUAAUGCAAUCCAAUUUGGAAUAGAAAAAAAGUUCAAAAUAAUCAUCGCGAGAUACGAGUAUUUGGCCAAGAAAUGUGCCGCACUUGACUCUGUUUUGGGAGGUGCUAUGCUUCUCAACUAUUCCCUCGGAGCUAUAUUCAUUUGUCUAACAGCUUUCACGUGCACGGUCGUGGAUAACUCGUACAAACGCGUUCGUUAUUUCUUCAUGUGCAUGUCUUUGCUUGUGGAGAUAUUCAAUCAAUGUUUGAUUGGACAAAUUUUAAGUGAUCAUAGUGAAAAUCUCACAAAUUCCAUUUAUUCAUCGAAUUGGAUAUACGCCAGUCCUGAGACGAAGAAGAUUAUUCUGAUGUUAAUAUUGCGGACCCAAAAGCCUUUCGAAUUCACCGGUAACGGAUAUGUUACAAUGAAUAUGAAUACAUUUAGCAGAAUUUGCAGCAACUCUUACCAAUUCUUCAACCUCUUACGCACAAUGUUUUGA